GCAAAAACAAACCGAGUCAUGUGACAGUACAUGAUCACGUGCUUCCGAAAACCCGGAAGUGACUCUGCUGGAAGACGCGUCUCUGAAGUACUUGAGAAAAUGAGCGUUUCCUUGGAUUUAAGGCUGAAGCGUGCGAACAAAGUGUAUCAUGAGGGGGAGGUCUUGUCUGGAGUGGUGGUGAUCAUCAGUAAAGAAGCUGUGCAGCAUCAGGGAAUCACUCUCACCAUGGAGGGUCUUGUUAACCUACAGCUCAGUUCCAAGAGUGUCGGAGUCUUUGAGGCUUUUUACAACUCGGUCAAGCCCAUUCAACUGAUCAACAGUAACAUCGAAGUAGCCAAACCGGGCAAGGUACCAGGGGGCAAAACUGAAAUACCCUUCGAGUUUCCACUGCAGGCAAAAGGGAAUAAAGUGCUGUAUGAAACUUACCAUGGUGUUUUCGUCAACAUUCAGUAUACUAUUCGCUGUGAUAUGAAGCGCCCCCUGCUGGCAAAAGACCUGAGCAAAACCUGCGAAUUCAUGGUCCAUUGUCAGUCACAGAAAUCCAAAGUGCAGCCGACUCCAGUGGAUUUCACCAUCACGCCAGAAACGUUGCAGAAUGUGAAAGAGAAAAGUUCCCUCCCAAAGUUCUUGAUCAGAGGCCACCUGGACGCCACUAACUGUGUGAUCACGCAGCCGCUCACAGGGGAGCUGGUGGUGGAGAGUUCAGAGGUCGCCAUCAAAAGCAUCGAGUUGCAGCUAGUGCGGGUUGAGACGUGCGGCUGUGCUGAGGGCUAUGCCAGAGAUGCGACAGAGAUUCAGAACAUUCAGAUGGCAGAAGGAGAUGUGUGUCACGGCCUCCCCAUUCCUAUAUACAUGGUCUUUCCCAGGCUUUUCACGUGCCCUACACUCGAAACCACAAACUUUAAAGUUGAGUUUGAGGUGAACGUGGUGAUUGUUUUCACUGACGAUCAUUUAAUAACCGAGAACUUCCCGUUGAAGCUGUGCCGAAUAUGAGAUCAGAGCCCGCGGAUUCAUCGACGUUUUCUGGAAGAAUCUGGGAGUGGCCUUCUAACUGUUUAAGUGCCACUUAGAAACGGGCAGCAUGGAUAUUGUUACAGCUACAGACUGACCCUUUAUUACAUACAUGCCCUUUCUGGCAUUUCCUGAUUGUGAAUCUUGGAAUCGCCAUCAAAAAUCAAACCUCUUCCUUCUUUUGAUUUUUUUUUGUGGGUAUUUCUUUACGCCUGGGGAUUUUAGGACACCUAUAUUUGUUCAAAUGUAAACACAUCAGAUCAUUUCACACAAUAGUAUCAUCAGAUCCAUACAUUUCCUCAAUACAGCAUAUGUUCACGUGCAAAAAAAAAAAAAAAAGAAUUGUCGCCUUCACGUGGCCUUUUGUGUCUCGUGUAUAAAUAAAUCGUACAAAAAUAAAUAAGUAUUAACGUUUGCAUAAAAUAAA